GACUGGGCUCACUGCCUGUGCCUUCCCUUGCAGCCCUGCCCAGCCACACGUGCGGGAACCCGGGCCGGCUGCGGAACGGGGUGCAGCAGGGCACCACCUUCAGCAUCGGGGACAGGGUCAGGUACAGCUGCAACCCCGGCUUCUUCCUGGAGGGCCACGCCCUGCUCACCUGCCAGGCCAGCUCGGGACACGGAGCCUCCUGGGAUUUCCCUCUGCCCGUCUGCAGAGCUGACGAUGCCUGUGGAGGGACCCUGCGGGGCCAGAGCGGGAUCAUCUCCAGCCCCCACUUCCCCCUGGAGUAUGGCAACAAUGCAGACUGCACCUGGACCAUCCUGGCCGAGCCGGGGGACACCAUUGCCCUGGUGUUCAUGGAUUUCCAGCUGGAGGAUGGAUAUGAUGUUCUGGAAGUCGCUGGCACGGAGGGAUCCUCGCUCUGGUAGGUUCCUGCUGGGUUCGUCCCUUGUAGGGUGGUGCCUUGUGGGGUGCUCAUGGUCUGUGUGGGCACAGCCAAACUUCACAGGGGGCUCAGAGGGAGAAGUUUGGGCCUGAAGGAGGGGAAAUUGCCAAUUAUUCCCCGUGGUUUCCUUCUGGAACUUGGGAUUUGCUUGGCAAACUCUGCAGUGAGCAUUGGCUGCUCUGAGUCCUGAUGUCUGCAGUGAGAGUCGUGGUGUGGCUGGGUAGAAAAAAUAUUUAAAAAUAAAAAAACCCAAACAAAAUCACCCAACCUCCGAGAACCCCUCAAACCCUGCCACACUCAAACCCUGGUUUUGUUAAAUGUUCUGAUGAUUGCUAAACCCAUUGGUGUUGAUGAAUUUCUGGAAAUGUUUCACCAGAUCCACUUGUCCCUGGGAAAGGGGGCAGAAUUCCAGCCCCCUUCUCAUCCCAGGGGUUGCCUGGAAAAUUCUGCCAGAAAUUUGCUUGGAUUUGGGAUAAAAGCCAAUAUUUCCAAUGUUCAGGAGCCGCCCCAGUGCUCUGAAAGCAGGGGAAAUAAGGAAUUGCAGAGGGAAUUUGAUGUGUUCCUCCUGUUGGUUUGAUAGCAGAGGACACGGUGAUCACCUUCAAAGGGUUAAAAGUCCUGACUGGCAGCAAGUGGAAGGUCCUGGAAGUUGGAUUUAAACCCAGCACCCCUCUGGAAGGGAAGAAUGAAGCUUUUGAAAUAAUCAGGUGUUGCCUGGGAUUAUCAGCAGCGAGUUAAAUUGUGAUUAUUCGUGAGGAUCCUGUUGCAAAUCCCAUUUAUUUGAGUGAUUUAUCCUGGCUGGCAAUUCUGAGGGAACAGCACUGGAGUGUUUAGGGUGUAUUGAUGGGAGGGAAGUUGCCAUUUACCACGUCCCAAUUGUUUACUGUUCCCAGGCCCCUUUGGAAAAUUAGAUGUUGCUGUUUGAUGAAAAAAAGCCCGGGCUGGUUUUAUUAGAAUGCAUUAAUAUUUUAGGGCACUGGUGGUUCGUAAGCACUCAGCUGUGCUGGCUGGGAAGAUGGAUGGAGCUGGUUAAAAAACAUUAUUCAGCCUGGAGGUGUUGCCAAAGCAGAGCUGUGUCUUGUCAUGUCAAAAAAUAAA